AAAAACAUAGUAAAAAUAUAUAAUAAUAAGAUGAUAAAAGUAAAGAGGAAAAGGGUAAAAAUAACAAGAACAAAGGAAGAACAAGCAUAAUAGAAGAAAGACGAAGAAGCAGCGGCAGCAAACCAAACCCGAAAAACUCCUAAAUCCUUGUUUUUCACUCACUCCAUUUUCAGUACCUCUCUUUGUUACCCCAUUCGUUUCUCCGUUUAAUCAAUUUGCCCCCAAAAUUCAAACCCAUUCAAUAAUUCAUUUAUCUUCUCCCCUCUCUUUUCUGUUUCAUUUUUCUUCUGUUUGUUAAUAAGAGUUUCACAUUUAAAGGGGAGGAAACGAAGGAGGAGUGCUGGGUCGGGUCGGGUAUGAUAGGAUCGAUCAUCAGGACUCGUUUAUUCAGACUUUGAUUCAAUUUGGGUAAAUUCGUAUUUUUUUUUUUUUUUGAUACGUGGUAAAUUCGUAUUUUCAUUAUAACUUGGUCGGUCUUCCCCUUUUCUAAUAAAUAAAAAUAAAAUAAGUUCUGAUGGGCGAUUAUCGGGAGCCUCCCGCCGGCGGCGGCGGCUUAUCUCCUUCGACCUCAUCAUCGAGCCCCAAUCCGAAUCCGGCUGCUAUUGGUCCCGGGAGGUGGGCCAGAGCCGAGAGAGCGACCCGGGAGAUUAUUUUGAAAGUGCAACCUACGGUCGUCUCUGAAGAACGCAGGAGAGAAGUCAUUGAUUAUGUCCAGCGAUUGUUCUUUAAUUUCCUCGGCUGCGAGGUUUUUCCUUAUGGAUCUGUACCAUUAAAAACGUAUCUUCCAGAUGGGGAUAUAGACUUAACUGCCUUUGGUGGUGCAAGUGCAGAGGAUGCUUUAGCCAACAGUAUGGUCUCGAUACUCGAAGGAGAAGAUCAAAGUCGAGCUGCAGAGUUUGCCGUGAAAGAUAUCCAGCUUAUUCGAGCUGAGGUUAUCAUCUUUCAUCUUUGAUAUUAUAAUAGUUAUUUGCACGAUUUGAUUACCAUGUAUACUGACUUUAGCCCAGGGUACACAUCUGUAGGGUACAGUUGUUUUUCUCUGACAUAAUUUCUUGCUCCAAUUUACAUUUAUCUUGCGUAGAAAGUAGACCUUCUGGAGUCAUUUACUACCAACUCCGCUUUUAAUGUUUCUUGGUUUUAAACCACUUUUUGAUGAACUUAUUUUGUUAUAGUUAUCUGUAAUGAAGAAAAAUCUAUUUAAUUCCUAAAUAUCUAACAUGUUGUGACAGCGAUGUUCUCGAUGAUUAUGCAGGUUAAGCUUGUGAAAUGCAUUGUUCAAAAUAUCGUAGUUGAUAUUUCCUUUAAUCAAAUAGGUGGCCUUUGUACCUUGUGUUUUCUUGAGCAGGUGAAUACGCGAUAACAUCAUACUUUACAUUUCUUUUAAUCUGAAUAAUCCUUGAAUUAUUAUUGUUAUUUUAUUAUUUUCUUUCCUGCUUCCCAAACAUGAUGCAUUCAUGUCAUGUCUAUCUGUCGACUAGUGUGGAAAUUGAGGCAUGCACGUGAAACAGAUGACGUAGGUCUGCAUUAUAUGAUUUUUUGAAUUUUUUUUUCUUUUGAUUGUUGACUAGUGUAUAAAUGCAUUUAUGAGUUUUUGAAUGGAACAAAAGUAUCUUGCCAAGCUUCUCCUGGCUGACUAAGGAUCUCAUCUGUACUUAUUUAUUGAUUGGAGUGAAGUGAUUAAUCACAAUGCAGCAUAGAAACAUUUUAUGCCCUUUCCAUGAUUACUUAUCCAGCAUCCGCCAGGAAGGAGAUAAGUUCACAUGUAGAGAAAUCGAUUGUGCUGCGUGACCACCUGGCGUUGAGCUUUAUGCUCAAUUAACCCAUGAUAACUUUGUAGAAGGAGAUUGUAGCUAUUUGAGCAGCCAUGAAGGAAACGUUUGAGAGGUUACCUGUCGUGGGGACGAUUUGGAGCUGUAAUUGGGCCAUUUAGUGUUCUGGUAAGAAGUGUAAGAUAGGAAUUUUAGAUGUGUGGAGGUAUAUUCUUGACUAGCAAAGAACUGUGUUCCUAUUGAAGUUAUGGAUCAUGGUCUGUUGGCCUUGAAGAAAUUCAUUAGAGAAUAGCUUUGUGGAAGUUGAAUUUGACAUUGUUUUUCCAUUUGCGUUAUCGUUUUAAAUUUGUGAAAUUCAAAAAGAUUUCAAACUUGUAGGAUAACCAACAUGGUGGAGGUUACUGAGUAACUAUAUAGGAUUUAUCAGAUAUUGACCCUUGUGACAUGCCAGAGUGGAAAAAUAAGGUGCCAAAAAUUCAUUGUUACAAUGCUUCAUUUGCAGGCCAAGAAUGCAUGGUUUCCUUCAUUUGAUUUACUAUGUGUCAAAUGCAGUUUCCUUCAUUCGAUUAUUGUAUCAAAUGCUUAAUUUAGAGUUUUGGGGGUACCCAGUUUGUGCCAUCUAAAUCUCACUGUGAUCUUAUGCAUUCAAUUUUUCCUCAAUGAGAGUACAUAAGUACAGCAUUUUCUAAUCCUGGCACUUCCUAUAUCAUGGGGUCCAUACCUCCCCGUAUUGCUCUAUGGAUCAUAUGUUUGUCAUCGUGCGGUCAAUACACGUACUUUCUUUCAUUUAAUUUGGAGGAGAGAGAAAGAGAACACCCUUUACAGUUAAUAAAGGAGAGAGAAAGAAGCUUAAUUAAAGCAGUACUACAACUAAGCCUUUUUAACUAUAUGGGGAACGCUAUCUUCCACUGGAUAGUUCUAUUUAAGGAUUGAUAUCUAUUGUCCUUGUAAUAGAGAGCUUUCCUAAUCCUUUUAGGUAAUCAUUAUGUGAUUUCUGCACAAUGUAAUGGUGCCUCUAAAAAUCUGUAAUGAAUAUGUUAAUAGCUCAUGUUUCUUCAUGGAUGAUGUUUAUGUAAUUUCCUUACUUCUGACUGGUUUCUUGAGUUGGAUAGCUUUUGCUUGGCUUUCUGUGUGAGAUGUCUGCAUAAUUGCUUGUAUAAGUGAUUGUUCAAUUUUUUCAGGUUGAUUCUCUUAUAGGAAGGGAGCAUCUUUUUAAACGUAGCAUUAUUCUAAUUAAAGCUUGGUGCUAUUAUGAAAGCCGCAUUCUCGGUGCCCAUCAUGGUCUGAUUUCUACAUAUGCAUUGGAGACAUUGGUGUUAUACAUCUUCCAUCUCUUCCACUCGUCAUUAAAUGGUCCAUUGCAGGUUCUAUACAAGUUUUUGGAUUACUUCAGCAAAUUUGAUUGGGAGAAUUAUUGCGUGAGUUUGAUGGGUCCUGUCCGAUUGUGUUCAUUACCAGAACUUGUUGCGGAAAUGCCUGACAAUGGCGAGAGUGAUUUGCUUCUCAGCAAUGAGUUCCUGCGAUAUUGCAGUGAUAUGUUCUCAGUACCCUCAAGAGGAGCCGAUUCAGGCUUGCGUUCAUUUCAACCAAAACAUCUUAAUAUAGUAGAUCCUCUUAAAGAAAACAAUAAUCUAGGUCGAAGCGUCAGCAAAGGAAAUUUUUAUCGUAUAAGGAGCGCUUUCACUUAUGGAGCCCGAAAACUUGGGCGAAUACUUCUACAGCCUGAAGAUGACAUAGCUACUGGCCUUUGCAAAUUUUUUUUCAACACUUUGGAUAGACAUGGAGACGGACAGAGACCUGAUGUACAAAUUGCUCGUCCUAUUAGGCCUUAUGGUGCUUCUAAUUCUGUGCUGUCGGUGUCAGAAACCAGUUUAACUGCAGUAGAGAUUGUGAACCUGGAAUCUAAAUCAGAUACAAAUAGUUUAUCUCGCAAAAGAAUCAAUGGCCUUGAUGCAUCUGCACCAGAAACCAAAUGCAAUGAUGAAACUGAAGUUGAAGAAGGGAACAGGGAAGUAUCUCUCUCGGUGUUGUCAAUAGGAAAUGCACAUGACGAAAAGAAAAAUGCUCUGGGUCACCGAGCUCAAGACCUUGCUUCUCGCAGAGUUGAGGACCUAAAAGCACCUUUUGAUUCACCUAGACACUCUGAGCUAAGCAGCCUAAAUAUCGUGUCCCCAGCAGGAAUACCAUAUCAUGCGCCACACAUUUACUCUUCUGAUUCAGUGUUGUCUAAUGGGGGAAUGAUCAAUGGAGAUGCAGAUUUAAUAUCUUCGCAGAAAUUUUCAAAGGACGUUCAUCCUGGAAUGUCUUGUGACUGCAAUGGAAAUGUUAAUGGGUGUGGCCUGUAUGGGAAUCUGUCUCCUUGUGUUGAGGGCGCUGUUCAUGGUACUAACCCUUUGUCAGAUCUUAGUGGAGAUUAUGAGAAUCAAUUGAACUCUUUGCAACGUGGGAAGUGGUGUUAUGAAUAUGCUUUUAAUAUGCAAGCUUUGCCGAGGCAUCCAUCCCCGCCACCGUCUGUAUUUCAUGCAAACAACUUGCGCGAUGCCAAUGCCAUCCACCAUCCCUUACAAUUCAAACAGAAUGGUGUCCCUCUCAAAAUGGGAAACGGUGUGUUCCCGAAUCCCGCAUUUUAUGCGGUAAAUCCAGCCAUGAUCCCAACUAUGUCUUUUAGCUUGGAGGACAUGCCAAAACCACGUGGGACGGGAACCUACUUUCCAAACAUGAAUCAUCACCCACUGGUUCACAGGCCUUCAGCUGUAAAGGGUAGAAAUCAUGCUAUGAUGAGGUCUCCACGCCACCUUGGCCGGUUUAUGGAGGCUAAAAUGGUUGAUCAGACCAGUCCUGAUAUUUUGUACACACCAGUAUUGGGUAAUCAAAGCGGUACCAACAAUGUGCCUUCAAAUGUACAUCAACCGUUUACCUCGCAGGAGAAAGGGCAUCAUAAUAACAUGAAUGGUGUUAUCUUGGAACCUGAUGGUUUUGAAUUUGGUUCAUUUGAGGACCAGCCAGAUGAAACCAAUCAGCCGGACAGAGGCAGACAAGGACAUCAACAAAGGUGUCCCAGUUCUCAAGAUGACAUGAGUCCAGUUUCACCAGCUAGAGCGCCACGCACACUGAAACCUAUUAUUAGCAGAGAUCAAGAUAGGGUUUCAGUCGAAUCAUCGUACCAUCUUAAAGAUGAAGAUGAUUUCCCGCCGUUGUCUACCUGAAGUGGUCCAAAUGUUAAGAGGGGACACUACGUAGUCGGGGUAGCUCAAAUAGACUAUUCGCCUCAGCGCUUGGUUCGUGAUUUAGAUGUUAAAAAAAUGUAUUUCCCUUUUAACCGGCGAGUUAAAGGUGUAGUGUACAUUGGUUAGAGACGUUUCCCCUGCAGAAUUUUUGUUGAUUUUGCCCUGUACAGGAUGGUAAAGAGCAUGUUUUGCAAACUCAGUAAAUUUAUGAUGUUUGUACUUUGUAUAUGUUUGUGUGUUUGGUUUGGUGAAGUAAUUAACUCCUCUUGUGAUU